CACCACCACCGUCACCGCCGUCGCCACGGUCGACACCCCGAUCGCCAUCGCAGUUCGCCAUUGGCAUUGGCAUCAGCGGCACACGCAGACAGACCGGCACCAAGACUUUGCAGCCGACUCCCAGGCGCCAUGGCUUCCAGCGGACCGCACGGCUUCAAUCCGCACUCCUUCAUGAAGUCGUUGGCUCGACUCAAUCUCAACCCUAUCAGCUCCUGGAUUCCCUCUUCGCAGAGUGCGCUCUCGCAUGGCCCCAGGCGUCUCCAGCUCGCCUGGGCCAACAGCCGACGGCCGGACACACAUGUUUCCAUUACCGAGAGACAAAAGGCUCUGGAGACGGCCGAGACCCGCAUGCUACGAGCGAUUAAGACGCCCCUCCGCAAGCACUUUGUAGCGAUCCCAAAGAGCAGGGUUUACGGCAACGAGUCGAUCCCUGGCGCCUACUACAUCAACACCAUCUCGACCACGGGCGAUCCACAAGAGCAGGCGCACAAGCCCCAUCUGCUCUUGGUCCAUGGCUGGGGUGGCGGCCUUGGGAUCUGGAUCAACAACAUUGACGAGUUGUCGAAGCACUACAACGUCCACGCCAUUGAUCUUUUGGGAUGGGGGCGGUCGUCGCGACCACGGAUCUCAGGGUGUUCUCCCACAACCAUUCAAGACUGGUGGGUCGAGUCGAUCGAGGCGUGGCGAAUCGCACAGGGAAUCGACAGGUUCACUCUCGCGGGCCACAGCAUGGGAGGGUUCAUCUCGGCCUCAUACGCCGCGCGCUACGGCCCGCAGCAUCUCGACAAACUCACUCUCCUAUCGCCCAUUGGUAUCAAGGGAUUCGCUGUUCCUCCAUCACAGAAUACCCGCGAAGUCGUCCGGAAUGUCAUCGUCAAGUCGGUUUGGAGACUCACGCCACAGCGUAUCCUCUCGUACCUGUCCCCGUCGCGAGUGCGCGACAUGCUGCUCAAGAGCCGAUCCCGGGUGGCGGCCCAGUUCCCGUAUCAGGAUGAUACGGCAAUCGAGUACGUGUAUCGGCUUGCCACGGUCGGCAACAUCUCGGGCGAAACAGCAUUUACCCGACUGAUGGAUCCAACGCUGGGCUGGACACUGCCGAUUGGCGAAGGGACAAUCAAGCAGUUUAACUUCCCAGUGGUGUUUGCAUAUGGAUCCCGGGACUGGAUCGACCCGACUUGGGCAGCAACGCGGUUCGGCAUCGACAAAGUCAUGGGCGACCAAGCCCACGUCUAUGUGUUGCCUGAUUCCGGGCACCACGGCUAUUGCGAGGCAUCCAAGGCCUUUGUCGAUAUUCUGCUGAACGGCGAGCAGCCGGAAGGUUGUCGAAUUGCACCCAUUCGAACCCGCGAGCAACUCAUAUCCGAGGCGGGCGAUCGCUCCAAAAAUACACUCAGCAUCGCCUGAGAGAUAGAGCGUGGAUCCAACGGGCGGCACCUGGCCAGUUCGCCGGCGCUCUCUGUGUCGGCUGUGCCAAAGCGCACAUGGUUUCAUCCCAGCAAGCUUCCUCAUACGACUAUUUUCAAGAACAUGUGGGGGCACCAAUGUCCCUGAGUCCAUCGAUGCAGUGCACUAGAGCAAGGAAAUAUUGUGAUACUCUGGGCGUCGAGAAUAUACACAGUUGUUCCAGAA